AUGGGGCUAAUUAAUGAAAGCCACCCUGACGAGUUCAUUCUACUAGGCUUUGCUGAUUGUCCUUGGAUAGAGCUUCCUCUAUUCAUUAUUCUUCUGAUAACAUAUCCCAUGGCACUGAUGGGAAACAUUGCCAUCAUUCUGGUGUCCAAGUUAGAUCCCACUCUCAACAGUCCCAUGUAUUUCUUCCUCACCAACCUCUCCUUUUUGGACAUAUGUUUAACCACAAGCAUUGUUCCUCAGAUGCUGUUAAACCUGAGAAGCUCUAAGACCAUUAGCUAUAUGGGGUGUGUAGUUUAGCUCUAUUUCUUCAGCAUAAUGGGAGCAGAAUGUCUUCUCUUGGCUCUCAUGUCUUUUGACCGCUAUGUGGCCAUCUGCAGACCUCUGCACUACACUUUCAUCAUGAAUCAGCGUGUUUGCAUUCUAUUAGCAUCCACUGUGUGGUUGGGUGGUAUCACCUAUGCUAUCUCACAGGUCACAACUACACUGCAGUUGCCACUGUGCAGCGUGAAUAAACUGGAUCACUUGGUGUGUGAGUCCCCAGUUCUGUUAAAGACUGCCUGUGGUGACAAAGAAGUUAAUGAAUUCACACUCUAUGUGGUGUGCAUUUUUAUGUUAGCUGUUCCUCUGUGCUUAAUUCUUGCCUCCUAUGCUAGUAUUGGACAUGCUGUACUUAACAUUAAAUCUUCUGAAGGAAAGAAAAAGGCCGUCAGGACAUGUUCCUCUCAUCUUGUUGUGGUUCUCCUUUUUUAUGGCCCAGCCAUUAGUAUGUACCUUCAGCCCCCCUCAUCCAUUACAAAGGACCAGCCCAAGUUCAUGGCCCUCUUCUAUGGAGUGGUGACUCCUACAGCCAACCCCUUCAUCUACACCCUGAGGAAUAAGGAAGUAAAGCAGGUAUUAAGCAACUUGGUGAGGAGCAUUUUCCGUUCAAAAUAA